CUCGGCCGGCCGGGCCCCUUCGCCUGCCACCCGCCAUCUUGCGAGGACCAUUGGGGUUAUUGUCCGCCGCUCGGGCUCGGCGGGGCCGGCGGCUCUCGGGCUGCUCAGGGCUGACGGGGCCGGCUCGGCGCGAAGAGCCGGGGCGGGCGGGGCCGGCGGCGGCGGUCGGCGGCGCCAUGGAGGAUGAAACGCCCAAGACCCUGUAUGUGGGGAACCUGUCAAGAGAUGUGACCGAAGCUCUAAUCCUCCAGCUGUUCAGCCAGAUCGGACCAUGCAAAAACUGCAAAAUGAUAAUGGAUACAGCUGGAAACGAUCCGUACUGUUUUGUGGAGUUCUAUGAGCACCGGCAUGCAGCUGCAGCACUGGCUGCUAUGAAUGGGCGGAAGAUAAUGGGUAAGGAGGUCAAAGUGAACUGGGCGACGACCCCCAGCAGCCAGAAGAAAGAUACCAGCAGUAGUACCGUUGUCAACACACAGCGUUCACAAGACCAUUUCCAUGUCUUUGUCGGAGACCUCAGUCCAGAAAUUACAACUGAAGAUAUAAAAGCAGCUUUUGCGCCGUUUGGAAGAAUAUCAGACGCGCGUGUGGUUAAGGACAUGGCGACAGGGAAAUCUAAAGGAUACGGCUUCGUUUCCUUCUUCAAUAAAUGGGACGCAGAGAAUGCGAUUCAGCAGAUGGGUGGUCAGUGGCUCGGUGGAAGGCAAAUCAGAACAAACUGGGCAACGAGAAAACCUCCAGCUCCAAAGAGUACAUACGAAUCAAACACCAAACAACUGUCUUACGACGAUGUGGUCAAUCAGUCCAGCCCGAGCAACUGCACCGUGUACUGCGGAGGCGUAACGUCAGGACUGACAGAACAGCUGAUGCGCCAGACCUUUUCUCCCUUCGGUCAGAUAAUGGAAAUUCGAGUCUUCCCCGAUAAAGGCUACUCCUUUGUACGGUUUAACUCUCACGAGAGCGCCGCGCAUGCCAUCGUUUCCGUCAAUGGAACAACUAUAGAAGGACACGUAGUGAAGUGCUACUGGGGCAAGGAGACACCGGACAUGAUCAGUCCGGUCCAGCAGAACCAGAUCGGCUACCCGCCGGCGUACGGCCAGUGGGGCCAGUGGUACGGCAAUGCCCAGAUUGGCCAGUACGUGCCCAACGGCUGGCAGGUCCCUGCCUAUGGGAUGUAUGGGCAAGCGUGGAAUCAGCAGGGCUUUAAUCAGACGCAGUCUUCGGCGGCGUGGAUGGGCGCCAACUACGGCGUGCAGCCGCCGCAGGGGCAGAACGGGAGCGUGAUAACCAACCAAACGGGAUACCGCGUGGCGGGCUUCGAAACGCCGUGAGGAGGACGAGAGGACUCUGAACGCCGGGGGCCGCCGGGAGCCCCGCGGAGCCUUGGUUGACUGCCAGGAUUUAUCGGAUCAAGCCUCAGAUAUGAUGUAUUUAUUUAAGAGAGCGAGAGAAACCCCACACAAAAAAAAAACAAAAAAGCGUUUUUAAUCAUGACAUUGUCCAUCCGCGUUGUUUUAAAAAAAAAAGAAAAAAAAAAAAAAAGAAAAAAUGACACAAAACGAGAUGCUGGAUGUCUGCCGACUUUUGCCUUCUUUUUCCUCUUUUACGUGUUUCUUAAGAUCCACGUUUUUGAAACACAGCAAAUGCAGGGACUUUCUGCCGCCGCAAUCGGGGGCGGCGAAUUGCACAAUGUCGACCUUUUUUUUUUUUUUUUUGUCAUUUUUUUCUCGUCUUUCCUCGGAAGCCACGUGCCGUUCUAGUUUGCAUUCCGAACGAUUUAACGUGUAUUAUAAACCCUUGUACAAAAACAGACAAAAAGAAUUAAGAAGCCAAAAGCGUGUGAAUCCUGAAGCCACCGUGACUUCAGCCUUCGCGCCAUCUGUUUUAAAAGAGCCUCUUGUACAAAGCCUCCGUCUCUCCGCUUUUGUCACGCCGGUUUUUUUUCGACGAUAAAUUAUUCGUUUACGUCGGGUUUUGUAUCUCGGCGUGGUUUGUCUUUUUUUUCAGGGUUGUCUUUGCCCACCGACAGGGAAAAGGGGGGGGGGACGCUCAGUGGGACGGCGCCCAGCUCCCUUCGUGAGCGAGGAUUUCCACCCUGGGACAGCAAAAAUCCUGUUACUAAAAUGUGACAAAUUCAUACGAACCAGCUGGAUCGUUGUUUUGUUCUUUUUAACCGAUUUCUACAUUUACGUGUACCGAGUAUGUAAAAUAUCUUCGCAAAUUAAUAUUUUGCACAACUGUUAGCCACCGGUGUAUGUUUCCUUAUUUAAAGGUAGGACGCUGAUGUGA